AACUAAACGGUGUUACUGUGAAGGGGUUUGGAGAAGACUGAAAUUGCGUUUGGGAAAAUCAAGCAAACAUGUCACUGUGUGUUCACUACUCUCCAUGCAAUAGCAUUGGUGUUAUGCCGCAAUUCUGCACCCCCAGGACCAGGACCAGCCAUAAUAGGAAUUGGGAUUUGCAGAGACUUAGAAUUGUCGCAAAAUCAAAUUCAGAUGCAACCCAAUCCACAUCCACCUCCCUUCUCUCAUUUCUCUGUCCCUUACUCAAGCUCUUCUCUGCAAGAGAUCCUUCUCAACCACGCAAUUUUACUUUCGAGCUAGCAACAUCUUCCUUGGCUAGCUUGUCAAGGUUUGCAUGGGGAACAAAAUCCAUAGCUGAGAGUUCACUGAACAAAGAAAUCACUUCAGAUCUUCCUUUUAGUUUGCAGCUUUUUGAAUUUGAGGCAUGCCCCUUUUGUAGAAGGGUCCGGGAAGCUUUGACUGAACUAGAUCUUUCUGUAGAGGUCUAUCCCUGUCCUAAGGGUUCUGUAAGACACAGAGAGGUGGUCAGAAGAACUGGUGGCAAAGAACAGUUUCCUUUCAUCAUUGAUCAAAAAAGUGGUAUUUUUAUAUAUGAAAGUGGUGAUAUCGUAAAAUACUUGUUUGAGCGAUAUGGAGAAGGCAGAAGUCCAUCAUCGGGACUUUUGGAGAGCACUAUUUUCACUGGAUGGAUGCCGACAAUACUUCGAGCAGGUAGAGGAAUGACGCGUUGGGAACAUUCCAGGCCUGACCCUCCUCCAGGAAAGUUGGAGCUCUUCUCAUAUGAAAAUAACCCUAAUGCUCGAAUAGUGCGUGAGGCAUUAUGCGAAUUGGAACUUCCUUACAUUCUUCAAAAUGUAGGAGAAGGGUCUCCUCGAAUGAAGUUACUCUUGGAUGCUUCUGGAUCUAAAGAGGUUCCUUACUUCAUUGAUCACAACACUGGAUUUCAAUCUGGGGACUACACAACGAUCUUAUCUUAUUUGUUUGAAACCUAUUCAACAGUUAUUUUAUAACUUCCGCUAUCUGUAAGUGCAAACUUUUGUGCUUUGAAAUCACCACAAAACCUAUUUAUUGUCAUCUUAUUGUGUAAUGAAAAACCCCCUGGGUAUCUGGGUAUAGGCUAGAACACUAGAGAAAAUCGUAAAGAACUAAUGUUAUUAAAUGUUGUCAUUGUUUUGAAGAUAUUGGGAUGGGAUUACUUUGCCACUUGAACAAAUUAAACUUACUGGUUAAUGACUCAGAUCAACGGAAUGCUAUUGUACCAAAAUGAAGAAAAGGUAUGAAAACUUUUGUUUUCAGUAUUUUGCAGAACUCUGUUCAACUUCUCUGUUUUCAUUAUUCGUGUAAGCAUGGAUCCCAUCUUUGCAAGCUGCCUUGUGCGGUUAAAAUUAAGCAAAGAGCAGCAAGUGAUGCUACUUGUGGUAAAGAUAAAUGUAAUGAACAAUUUGAUUAUGUAGUAAGUACUUUUCCUGAAUAAUCAGAAAGUUCUUCCACAAAUAUUGCAAUAAAUUUGGCCUCAAAUGUAAGUUCUUACAUUUCUUCA